AGUGCCCUAGAAAUCAACCCAAAUUAAACUCUAGUCUUUGAACCAACAAAGAUACAUUCAAUUGGAGGGAAACUCAUCCUGCCCUCCGUUCAUCAUCAAACGGUCACAAUCACUUCAAAUCAAACCACUAUCAUAAAUUUUAAAUUUUUUAUCAAAUUUUUAAAACUUAUUACUAAAUUUAAAAAAAAAAACAACAACAACAGAAACAGAGUAGAUGCAGAGGAAACUUAGAAAGAAUUUUGGUGAAGAUAACACAGAAAGCUUCUGACUUUUUAUCGUUUUAGCUUCCAUUUACAAAAUUAAAACAUACUACAAUUUAUUUAAGAUAUUUUUCAAAUGCAGGUUAAUUUUAGACUCUUUGUGUAGUUUUUAUUGUAUUCUCCACCAAUCUUGAGAUAAAAGAUAAACCCGAAAAAGGGGGUGAAAUGCGGAAGGAAGGGAAGAACCACAGCCAAAGAGCAAAAGAGACAACAACAGAUUUUGUGUUAAAAUGGGGAAAUAGAAAAAGACUUAGAUGUUGUAAAGUGAAAAAAGAAUCCAAAAACUUUGAAAACAAUGACAAUAGCUGCAACAACAAUAUCAAUAAUAAGAACAAAUCAGAUCCUGACUGUUUGUCCAAGAAGAAAUUUUGCUCCCCUCGAGGUGUUUCACUGGAAAAAGUAUCUCCCAAACGCCUCAAUAAGAAUUCAGAUUUGCCUAUUAAUAAUAACCGGAAACCACGUGUGUCUUCACCGCGAAGGGAAGAUAGAUGCUACACAACACGAGGUUCAUUGGGAUUGGUUGAAAGUGGAAAAGUGAUGAUGGAUCAUCUAAAGGAAGAUAAUAGAACUCUUGUUUGGCCAAAGCUUUUUAUCACAUUGUCUAGCAAAGAAAAGGAAGAGGAUUUCAUGACAAUGAAAGGUUGUAAGCCUUCUCAAAGGCCAAAGAAGAGAGCCAAGUUGAUUCAAAGAAGCAUACUUCAGUUGGUGAGUCCUGGUGUAUGGUUAUCUGACCUAUGUCAGGAAAGGUAUGAAGUGAGGGAGAAGAGAACUUCAAAAAAGAAGCCGUGUGGAUUGAAGGCAAUGGGAAGUGCGGAAAGUGAAUCAGAAUGAAAGGAAAAAAAAUAGAUGUAGAGGAAGUAAAUAUUGACUUUUUUUUUUUUUGGGUUAGGCAGGAAAGGCAAUGAGUUAUUUGUUUUGUUUAUGUAGAGCUCCCCUCAUGUUUGUUUUUAUAGAAAUUACUUUCCCACAUGUCAAUGUGGUAUUUGUUUUGUUUUACUCAUUUUGAAAUAGGCUUCUUUGUCCUUUCUCUUGACUGCC